ACACUGCGCGUGCACACUGCACGCACACACACGCACACACACUGCACUACACUCACACAAAUUACAAACACUCGCGCGAGUCCAAACACUCCGAGCACAAGACCGCACUAGUAAUAAUAUUAUUAUUUAUUAUUUAUCAUAAUUAUUAUUGCCAUUUUGGAUUUUUCUCGCAUAUAUCCGACCCCGACGAGGUCGGACAGCAGACAAUACGUAAGAUACGCACGGCAACUGUGUUUUCGUUUUCGUCUAAAACGUGAUCCGCCGACCGCCGUGUCCGUUACUGCUAGCCGCCCGGCGUUCCGCUGAACACCAAUCAACCAACCAAGGAACAUUCAUUUGGCUGCUUGUUUCUCGUUUUUGAUCUUCGUGUAUCAUUAACCGAGUUUGAAAAAUGGCCGUCAAUAUACUGCAGACCAACAACACUGGUAAAAUCAAUAACAAACGCCUGUCAUUGAUACAAAUUGUGAAAAUUGAUCUGAAUGCCAACUCUGAAACCUCCGAUGAUGGUGUCGUAUACUCUCCCGCUUAUAUUUCCACUACCAAUACUUGCGUCAUGAAUGGUGGAACGGCAUCACAGGGGAUACAAUUUCAAUUGUUGGGUGGUAACAAUGAGAAUAUUGUAGAAUUCACUCCCAGUUACUCAGUUGACUAUUGUAAAGUUGCCAAAGAUACAUAUGCCAUACAGUUGAAUAAUCAUUCAUAUAUGUUAAAGUUUAAAACACAUAUCGAUUUAUAUGAAUUCACUGUAUUGCUGGAUCGUGCUAAAAAAGGGAAUGAUCUCUCAGUUUUUUCUAAUAGAACUGAUGAAGCAUCAGCUGCUCAAUAUUUCCAGUUUUAUGGAUAUCUUUCUCAACAACAAAACAUGUUACAAGACUAUAUACGUACAAGUACCUAUCAAAAAGCAGUGCUUAUCAAUACCAUAGACUUUCAAGACAAAGUUGUACUAGAUGUAGGCGCCGGAUCGGGGAUAUUAUCAUUUUUUUCUGUCCAAGCUGGUGCUAAAAAAGUUUAUGCUGUGGAAGCAAGUUCAAUGGCACAACAUGCUCAGACGUUGGUAGAUUCUAAUAAUUUGGGAGACAAAGUUUUUAUUGUUGCUGGUAAAAUUGAAGAAAUUGAUUUACCCGAAAAAGUAGAUGUUAUUAUAUCAGAACCAAUGGGAUAUAUGCUCUACAAUGAACGCAUGCUUGAAACCUAUUUGCACGCUAAAAAGUGGUUAAAACCUGGAGGAAAAAUGUAUCCUAGUAAAGGGGAUUUGCACAUAGCUCCUUUCACUGAUGAUGCAUUAUUCAUGGAACAAACAAAUAAAGCUAGUUUUUGGGUUCAGUCGUGUUUUCAUGGAGUUGAUCUGAGUUCAUUACGAGAUAUGGCCAUGCGAGAAUAUUUUCGACAGCCAAUAGUUGAUACGUUUGAUAUUCGUAUUUGCCUUGCCAAGUCUGUCAAACAUAGCUUGGAUUUUCUCACAGCUACAGAACAACAAUUGCACAAAAUUGACAUUCCACUUGAGUAUUAUAUACUUGAAUCUGGAACGAUUCAUGGAUUAGCUUUUUGGUUUGAUGUUGCAUUUCAAGGCAGCAGCCAAACUCUGUGGCUAUCUACCUCACCUACUGAAUCGUUAACUCAUUGGUAUCAAGUCAGGUGCCUUCUAGAAAAGCCUAUUCUUGUUAAAGUUGGUCAAAUUUUAACUGGUAGUGUAUCACUUCAAGCCAAUGUUAGACAAAGUUAUGAUGUUUUCAUAAAUUUAAUGAUUGAUGGGCUUCCACAUACAUGUUCUUCCAACAAUUUGGAUCUGAAAAACCCAUACUUUCGGUAUACUGGUCAACCGCCUCAACCUCCUCCCGGUGUCAAUACUAUAUCACCCAGUGAGAGUUAUUGGGCCAACUUGGAUCUCCAAAGUACUACAUCUGCUUUAAAUAUGGUUAAUGGCAUUCCAUUGAAUGGUUAUGCUACAGACAUUUCCAUGGAUAUGCAAACAUCUCCAACUGCUGUUGCUAAUAAUACAAAUCUAAUAAAUUUAGUUACCGUACCUCAACCAAAUAUUCAUCCAGGAUCUAUAAGUAGUACUGGAAGACAACGAGUCAGCACAGCUACUUCUACAGCAGGAGCACAACUUAUUGGUGGUGGAAUAUCUCCCACCUUAUUUACUUCCAACCAGAACCAAAACCAACAACUUUCGUUAGGUGCAGCGACAGCUGCUGCAGGAGGUUCAACCACUGCUAUGGGAAACUAUCCAGUUAACAACAGUUUAAUGAUUGGAGACUAUGUUGCGCCCAGCACUGGUGUUUUAAAUAUUUCAUAUCGUUAAAUUAUUACAUUAUGGUUUAUUUGUAUUUACAAAAUGAAUCUUAAGCCGCGACUAUUUCAAAAUCACUUGAGGAGAUUUAUUUCUCCUUCCAUAAAUUUACCAUCUACUCAAAUAAUUAUAUAUA